AUGGCGUCAAACAGCCUCUUCAGCACCGUCACACCAUGCCAGCAGAACUUCUUCUGGGACCCGAGCGCCAGCCGGAGGUUCAGCCCGCCGUCCAGCAGCCUGCAGCCGCUUGCGGGCAAGAUGACGGACGUGGGCUCGCCGGGUGCCGGCGGUGGCGGCGGCGGUGGCGGAGGAGGAGGCGGCAACGGCGGACAAGCGGACCCGGUGUCAGCGGUGGUGCCUCGGCUGCGCGCCCACGAGAACCGCAGCAUGGCGGAGAUCAUCGCCGAUCACCCGGCCGAGCUGGUGCGCACCGACAGCCCCAACUUUUUGUGCUCCGUGCUGCCGUCGCACUGGCGCUGUAACAAGACUUUGCCCGUCGCCUUCAAGGUAGUGGCUCUGGGAGACAUAACGGACGGCACGGUGGUGACUGUGAUGGCGGGCAACGAUGAGAACUACUCGGCCGAGCUGCGCAACGCCUCGGGCGUGAUGAAGAACCAAGUAGCGCGCUUCAACGACCUGCGCUUCGUAGGCCGCAGUGGCCGAGGGAAAAGCUUCACGCUGACCAUCACCGUGUUCACCAACCCACCGCAAGUCGCCACUUACCACCGGGCCAUCAAGGUUACAGUGGACGGACCACGAGAGCCCAGGAGGCAUCGUCAGAAGCUGGAGGACACCCCCAAAUCGGGCCUCUUCUCGGACCGCCUGAGUGAACUUGAGAGAAUGAGGGUCCGUGUGGCCGUGCCCACCCAAGCCCAGCGACCGCCGCUCAACACGGCGGCCAACUCGUUCACGCCGCAAGGACAGACGCAAAUCAAUGACCCACGUCAGUCGCAGUCGUCGCCGCCGUGGUCGUACGAGCAGACGUACCCAUCCUACCUGAGCCCCAUGGCGUCCCCCUCCGUGCACUCCACCGCCCCGCUCUCGUCCAGCCGGGGCACGGGCCUGCCUUCCAUCAGUGACGUGCCCCGACGCCUUUCGGAUGACGGGCUCACGUUAACACUGGAAUUUUGUCUCGGAACUUGUACCUUAAGUCAAAACUCCAACGCCGGUUCUUCAGACCUGAGCCCGUUCCCAGCCCAGUUUGAGCGCCAAUUCCCGGGCCUGUCCUCCCUGACGGAGAGUCGCUUCAGCAGUCCCCGCAUGCACUACCCGGCCACCUUCACCUACACGCCGCCCGUCACCUCCGCCAUGUCGCUAGGGAGCGCCCACUACCACGCCUACCUUCCGCCUCCCUAUCCGGGGUCCACGCAGAACCAGAGCGGACCCUUCCAGACCAGCAGCACCCCUUACCUGUACUACGGCGCCUCAUCCGGGUCCUACCAGAUCUCCAUGGUGCCGGGCAGCGGCGGCAGCGGGGAGCGUUCACCCUCACGCGUAGCCCCCCCGCCAUGCACCAGCACCUCCACGGGGACCUCGCUGGUCAACCCCAACCUGCCCAGCCAGGCGGACGGCGGCGUGGACGCGGGAGACGGCAGCCACAGCAACUCCCCCACCGUCCUGAACACGGGGGGCCGUAUGGAUGAGGCCGUGUGGCGGCCUUACUGA